UCCCCGCCUUCCGCCCCGAGCGCGGCGGGUGCCCUGACGGUGGGCGCCGCUGCAGGCACCUGGGCGAGGCCUCGCGCAUCCGGGCCGUGGCAGCUCGGGGCAGAUCCUGGACUUGGGGACCCCGCAGGAGCGCACCCCGCUGCUCCUGUCGCCUCCCUUGGCUCCUCCUCGCCGCACGAUCCUCACCACCCCCUCUCCCGUCCCCUCCCUCCUCCCACCCCAGAGGAUGCGCUUCCCCGCGCCCAGCGGCAGAGGCCACCGCUCCCAGAAAUGCGUGCGCCCGAGCCACUUCGCCCCGACCCGCGGAGCCCGCGCCCCCGCCCAGUAGGAAUAUGACUCACUGAUUAAAAAGGACGUUUCCAGCUACUUUGCACUUUUGGUUGUGUAUUAUGGAUACUAAGGAGGAGAAGAAGGAACAAAAGGAACGGAAACAGAGUUAUUUUGCUCGACUGAAAAAGAAGAAACAAACCAAACAGAAUGCAGAGAUCGUCUCAGCAUCAGCCACGAGGAGUCAUUCCGGGAAGGAGGAUCCUAAUUCAGUCAUUUUGGACCAGGACAAGUCAAACGUUGCAGUGGAGGGGGAAUGUAGCACGGAUGAGAAAAAGAAGAGAAAAAACAACCAGCUAAAGGAAAUCAGGCGCACCGAACUAAAGAGAUACUACAGUAUUGAUGACAAUCAAAGCAAAACUCAUGAUAAAAAAGAGAAGAAGAUGGUGGUUCAGAAGCCCCAUGGUACCAUGGGAUACACUGCUGGAAGCCAGGACACCCUCAACUCCAUCGCACUGAAGUUUAACAUCACUCCCAAUAAAUUAGUGGAACUGAAUAAACUCUUCACACACACUAUUGUUCCAGGCCAGGUCCUGUUUGUGCCAGAUGCCAACUUCCCUUCUAGUACCUUACGGCUGUCAUCAUCCACUCCUGGUGCUACUGUCUCUCCGUCAUCAUCAGAUGCAGAAUACGACAAGCUGCCUGAUGCUGACUUAGCAAGAAAGGCCUUAAAACCCAUUGAGAGGGUCUUGUCAUCAACCUCUGAGGAAGAUGAGCCAGGUGUUGUGAAAUUUCUCAAAAUGAACUGUCGCUACUUCACAGAUGGAAAGGGUGUGGUUGGCGGUGUCAUGAUUGUCACUCCAAACAAUAUCAUGUUUGACCCUCAUAAGUCUGACCCCUUGGUUAUUGAAAAUGGGUGUGAAGAGUAUGGCCUCAUUUGCCCCAUGGAAGAGGUGGUCUCCAUUGCCUUGUACAAUGACAUUUCUCACAUGAAGAUCAAAGAUGCUCUGCCAUCUGACCUACCUCAGGAUCUUUGUCCUCUGUACAGGCCUGGAGAAUGGGAGGACCUGGCUUCAGAAAAAGAUAUCAAUCCAUUCAGUAAGUUCAAGUCCAUUAACAAGGAAAGACGACAGCAGAAUGGGGAGAGAUCCCUCACCUUAGAUCCCAAAUCAGUGGGCCCUCCUGAGGAGUCAGCAGAAUACACUCGGAUGAAGCCCUCAGACAGCUCCGAGUCAUGGAAACUAAAGAAACUGGAACCUUCCAAGGGGACAGCCAGUGAAUCUCCCUCCAUGACUCAGCUCAGCAAGGGACCAUCUGAUACUCAUGCUGCCUUGGAAUCUACAGCCAAAGAAAACUCCCUUUUGGGAGAAGAUGAUGACUUUGUUGACCUGGAGGAACUUUCUUCUGAGCCUGGGAGUAGGAUGGACAAAGGAGACCCCAUGAAGGUACACCCUUCCUACGACCAAAAGAAGAGCGAGUCCCAAACAAUCGUGUCUGCAAAGAAAAUGCAGGUGCAGUCAUCCCUGGCCCUUAGGGGGUUAGAGAGCGAAGCCGAACUGAAGGGGGCCCUAGACUUGGAAACCUGUGAGAAGCAAGAUAAAGUGCCAGAAGUAGACAAGCAGUCCGGAUCCCCAGAAAACCAGGUAGAAAGCAGCCUGAAGAUCCACGAAGAUCUGGAUAAAGUUAAACUCAUUGAAUUUUACCUAAAUAAAAACAAAGAAGGCUCACAGCUGUCUGAAAAUAUACAGAGGUCGGAACUCAAUGACAGCAAAAGGGUGGAGCCAGGAGGAAUAGACAUCACGCUUAGUAGCUCUCUCCCCAAAGCAGGUGACUCCCCACCUGAGGGUAACAAAGAGCCAGGUACAAUCUGGAUAAAAGAGAGGGAGACCCUGAAACUGGACCCUAACGCAGAAGAAAAUGUGAUCAACAACAAAGAGGCUCUGGAUUCUUUGAAAUCAUCUCUGGACAAGAGCUGUCAAGGUGCACAAAUGGAUAACAAAUCUGAGAUUCAGUUAUGGCUGUUAAAGAGAAUUCAGGUACCCAUCGAAGAUAUACUUCCCUCAAAAGAAGAAAAGAGCAAGACCCCACCCAUGUUUCUGUGCAUCAAAGUGGGAAAACCGAUGAGAAAAUCCUUUGCCAGUCACACCACUGCCAUGGUUCAGCAGUACGGCAAGAGAAGAAAGCAGCCGGAGUACUGGUUUGCUGUUCCCCGUGAGAGGGUGGAUCACUUGUACACCUUCUUUGUUCAAUGGUCUCCAGAUGUCUAUGGGAAAGACGCCAAGGAGCAAGGCUUUGUGGUGGUAGAGAAGGAAGAACUGAACAUGAUUGACAAUUUCUUCAGUGAGCCGACCACCAAGAGCUGGGAGAUCAUCACUGUUGAAGAGGCAAAACGAAGGAAGAGCACUUGCAGCUACUAUGAGGAAGAGGAGGAGGAGGAGGAGGGACUGCCCAUCCUGCAGCCCCAUAGUGCCCUCCUGGAGAACAUGCACGUCGAGCAGCUGGCCCGAUGCCUUCCAGCCAGGGUACAAGGCUAUCCAUGGAGACUGGCCUACAGCACGUUAGAGCAUGGAACAAGCUUGAAAACUCUAUAUAGAAAAUCAGCAUCUCUAGAUAGUCCUGUUCUGCUGGUCAUCAAAGACAUGGAUAACCAGCUAUUUGGGGCAUAUGCAACUCAUCCCUUCAAGUUCAGUGACCACUAUUACGGCACAGGCGAGACAUUUCUCUACACCUUCAGUCCUAAUUUCAAGGUCUUUAAGUGGAGUGGUGAGAACUCGUAUUUUAUCAAUGGAGACAUCAGUUCUUUAGAACUCGGUGGUGGAGGGGGGCGCUUUGGUCUGUGGCUAGAUGCUGACUUAUACCACGGACGCAGUAACUCUUGCAGCACUUUUAAUAAUGAUAUCCUCUCCAAAAAAGAAGACUUCAUAGUUCAGGACCUAGAGGUAUGGACAUUUGAGUGACAUUUAGGCUGCCUUAAAACAUAACAUUAAAAAGACUGGGUCAGACAAGCCCUCUUACUGGAAGACGAGCCCCAGCCCUGGCUGCCUCAUCCCACAGCAUUGCUUUCUUUCUGCCAUCAUCUCAGAGCGUGAUAACAAUGCAGAAAGAUUCUGAAAGGUACCCGCCAAGGGCGGAUGCUGAAGACAGAAAUCUGAAGUCCAGAUCGUUAAGAGACUUUGAACUUCCACUGCUUUCAAAUCCUCACCAUGAGAAAACAGAGUGUUUAUAGAUGUAUGAGUUGAAUGCAAUUUUUAUUUUUGGUAACUGUGAAAAAAAAAAGAUACUGUGGAAAUAUAUACCUGCCUUGUGUAUUUAUCAACAUAAUUUACCAAAUGUAUAGUUAUUGUUUGCCAUGGAUGGAACACUGAAUCUGAUUUAGAGGAAUUGAAAGGACAGAGCACUUAAAGGGAAUACCUGACUUUUUAACUAUUUUAUUUAUUAUUGCUAGUAUAUUGUCAGAAAUAUGUUGGCAUUUUUUCUUUUAAUGUGUCAAAUCCCGAAAUAAAGAAAUGUGUACCUUUUGUGCUUA